AUGGCAAUAAAUAUCAACGGGCUAAAUGGACACCAUCUCACACACGUUGUCGGUGAAGUCGAAGUGGCGAAGAAGACGAAGAGGACGGCCAGCGACGGUCAACCUACGGAGGAGCAGUUGGAACGUGUCCACCGUGUCCUGUUGCAUACGCUACCGAAACUGUUCGUCCAGCCUCUCGAUUAUUCUAUUUACAGUCCAAAGUUAAUCUUCGAAAACAACAUCCGCGGCACGCGAACGAUCGGGCUGUUCUACUACGUCCAGCAGAUGGCCCUGCUGCGCACGGUAGCCCACCUAAAGUUUGCCUACGUCACGUUCGACGUGCUGAAGAUUACCACACAUCCCGAGGACGGUACCGUGCGGGUUCGGUGGCGCAUACGGGGCAUUAGUGCGCUCCGGGUGUUGCUGAUGCUUUGGAAGUACAAACUGUGGCAGUUGAAGGACAUUCUGGACGACCAGGAAGCCUGGUACGAUGGGUUCUCAGUGCUGCACGUUACUCCCGACGGGCUCGUGUCGAAACACGUCGCUGACAAGGUUAUGCCCGAUGACGCCAGUGUGCACGCCGAUGGAAGGACGACGAUGUCUGUGUCUACUUGA